CCCCAUCGUCUUCCCCAAGACGGAGAGAGCCUCCCGAGUCCUGAUUACGCCAUUGCCGCGCCGCCAUUCCCGGCCGUUCCAAUCCACUCCCCAUCCAGCCCGAGCGCAAAAAAUACAGUUAUUCUAGUGCGGACCACUAUUCAAUUUCGAUCCCGCACCCCUCCUCGCGCUCGCGCUCCAAGCCCGCACUCCAAAGCAACCGCGCCCGCCAGCCCGCCCGUCCCUUUCGCCAUCGGCGAGCGACUCGCCUUCCCCGGCACGAAACCCUAGCGCUAUAAGAGAACCCUCGCCUAGCCGUAUCCAUGGCGCCCGCAGCAGCAGCAUCACUCGCCACCCCGCAUACCCUCGCGGCCCCACGCGUCUCUGUCGCCGUCGCCGGGAGGAACAGCGGCCUGUCCGUGUCGGUCGGCGUGCGCCAGGUGCCGGGGGUUUCUGCGGUGCUUUCGCGGAGGAGGAUGGUCGCGACGGCGGCGGCGACCGAGAUGGCCCCCGCGGCGAAGGGGGAGGAAGGCGGGAAGGCGUUCGUGGAAGAGAUGAGGGCCGUCGCGAUGCGGCUCCACACAAAGGACCAAGCCAGGGAGGGGGAGAAGGAGCCCCAGGCGCCGCCCGUCGCCAAGUGGGAGCCCACCAUCGAGGGCUACCUCCGCUUCCUCGUCGACAGCAAGCUCGUCUUCCAGACCCUCGAGGACAUCGUCGACCGCGCCGCCGUCCCUUGGUAUGCUGAGUUCCGGAAUACUGGAUUGGAGAGGUCAGAGCAACUGAAGAAGGAUUUGGAAUGGUUCAGGCAACAGGGCCACACAAUUCCGGAACCAUCUGCUCCUGGCACUACCUAUGCUUCCUAUCUGGAAGAGCUGUCGGAAAAGGACCCCCAAGCAUUUAUCUGUCAUUUCUAUAAUGUGUACUUUGCUCAUACCGCUGGAGGCCGAAUGAUUGGCAAAAAGGUCGCCGAGAAGAUUCUGAACAAGAAGGAGCUAGAGUUCUACAAGUGGGAGGGUACCCUCUCCCAGCUGCUGCAGAAUGUCCGCAACAAACUCAACCAAGUUGCACUUAGUUGGUCUCGAGAAGAGAAGGACCACUGCCUGGAGGAGACUGAGAAGUCGUUCGCCUAUUCAGGAGAUCUCCUUCGCCAGAUAUUCACCUGAGCCAAGAAUUCUGUGCCAAGAAUUCCUUCCAUGAUAAACAUUGUAAAUAUUAAGCCCAUGUCUGUACGCUGGGGGGAUACACUCCCCUGGGCCUGAACUGCCUUGCAAUCAAAUUGUCAUAUAUUGAUAUCCCUUCCUUUUCAUU